UUAUUAUAGAGUUAUUAUAUUACUUAAAAACAUUUUUUUAACACUUAGAAUUAUGUUUCAGAUCUUAUACACGAUAUAACUCCGAUGAUAUAUACGUAUAUACGUGCUAUGGGGAGGUGAAUCCCGUUCACCGCUGCACUGCACUUUAACUCCAGCCUCGGAACGGAUCAUAAACGAAGACGAGAGAGAGCGGCCAGUCGAUCAGUUGCCACGCUUUCAGCGUGCACACACGACAUACAGUGUUUCGUGAACUGCGAGUUCACAGCACAAUCCUUUCGAGAAACCUGUCCUCUCCCCUCUCACGCAUAUACACAUACAUGAAGAAUGGACCAUUCUCUCUCUUUUUGUCCUUGCUAUCCAGGUCUCUAAAACCCGUUUCAGUCAGCCACGGGCUGUCCGUUCUUCCCGCGUUGUUGGUUUAUUGCGAACAGUGGCUCAUCAAGAAGGUAUAUUUGCAAUUUUUUUUCUCAAUACAUUUCUGACUUUCUCAUAAAAAAAGGACAGUAGGUGCACGUGUUUGUGUGUGCGUACGUUAGUUGUACAGAAGAAUGCAGUAGAAUGCAUGUCCAGGAAAAAUGCUUUCUGCUAAGGCUGUGCUUCUUAGGCGGGGUCGCCUUUUCCUUGACGACCGCCAAUACCGAAGUGCAAAUUGCCACAACACCCGAUAUCAAUAGCAAAGAUACUCUAGGAGUGCAACCUCUUCAAACAGAAUGGCAAAAUAAUAUAACAGAAUUGAAAGCGUACCCAGCGAAAGAAGUUGAUAUCAAGGCUGCAAUUGAAGCAAAGAAAAAACCUCUAAUAGACUUUAAAACCAAAGGUGAUCAGAAAUACCAAAAACCUGUAAUCAAAGAAGAUGAUUCAAAGAAAAACGCAGAUUCUGAUGCUUUAAUGACAUUAUCAAUUUCAUCUACGACUACUCCAAUAAAUUUCGAUCAAUCUUCGAUGACAAUGAAAUCCAUAAAUGCCACAAGUAUAUCGAUUCCAUUUCUUCUUCGUGGAGAACCGAUAAUUUCUAUGACGAAGACGACACUAAUCAACAAUCUUACUGCCCAGAAUAUGAUGAACACGGUCGAGGCUCAAACGGAAGAAACAAUGUCAUCGAGAGGCAGAGCCUUAAACAUUUCUUCUCCGGAACCGACGAACUCAUUGCAUACUAAUAUUACGGAUCUUAGUGACAUCAGUAUGGAUGAGGAUGACAAGAAUGUCGAAGGUGGAGAAUACAUUGCAUCACACAAUGAAACUGCUAUAAACGUUUCCUCAACAUUAUUUCCGAAAAUACCAACGUGCAUCUAUGGAAAUCGUACUUAUUCAGUAGGUGAAGAAGUUAUCCGAGAUUGCCAGGAAAAGUGCAUAUGUUCCGAAAAUGGAAUUACAAAUUGUCAGCCGUUAUGUGUUUCCCCUUAUGUCAGGGCGGGCAAACGUAUUGAAGAUCCUUUGUGCGAAGAAAAAUUAAUCACUGAGGAAUCAUGCUGUGCCCUUGUUGUCUGUGCCACAGAUUCGGCUACUGAACCGGAAGAAACGUGCAUAUUCGGCAAUAAGACUGUGACUAGAGGACAACGUAUUGAAGAUGGCUGUUCCAAAGUAUGCAUCUGCGAGGCUGACGGUCAUUUAAAAUGUCAACCCAGAUGUCCACCAAAUGAUACUACUUCCAUAAUCAAUCAGCAUGAACGCUGUGUUGUAUUAACCGAUCCCAGAGAUGCCUGCUGCACUAUUACACUUUGCGAUGUUACUUUGGGCGAUCACGAAAUUAAAUCAGAGAAUACCACAGAUUUAAAUGUACAUUUGAUAGACGCAAAAGUGUUGAACUCAACGGCAAUCAAACUGAAGAUGUCUGUAAAAAACAUUCAAGAUAUUACUGUAGAAAUCUCACAGAACAAUCACGUGUGGAGACAACAAAAACCUGAUAAAGACGGUAUUCUUUCAAAUUUGGAACCCGCACACACAUAUUAUGUUCGUCUCGCAGACGGAAGUCGUACUGGACCAGCUAUACAAGUGUUUCUGCCAGCUGAAGUAGUAAAGACGAAUAUUUCCGAGAAAUCUGACAAGAAUUCCUGCAACUACAGAGGAAAAUCAUAUAAAAUUGGCGCAGAAUGGUAUGAUGAAUGCAUCAACUUCUGCGUAUGCGCGGAAGAUGGCAAAGCUGAAUGUAAUACAAUAGAGUGUCCCACAGACUUUGGAUUGGAUGUGUUAGAUCCUCACUGUCUAGAUUGGGAAACAGUUCCAGAAAAUUUUGUUCCAAAGCCACCACAAUGUUGUCCUCAGGAGGUACGCUGUAGAAAUAAUGGUUCCUGUAAUUAUGAAGGAGUUAUCUAUGAUAAUUGGAGCGAAUUACCUUCAAACGUUACCGGUUGCGAGAAACGUUGUUAUUGUGAAAUGGGCAAUGUGUCUUGUCGAGAAGCUUGUAAACCUGUACCAGCUCUACCACCUACUAAUUUGCCGUGUCCUCCUCAUCAAGCAACAUUAAUGCAUCUACCUGUUAAUCCAUGCUGUUUACAAUGGACUUGUAAUCAUUUGUCAUCACAAUUGCCAGGCUUGGAGCAUAAUAUUGUACCCCCAGGCUUUUCACUAUCUGGAUUUGCAACUUCACCUUCUUCCAGUGAAGUCAUAAUGCAAGUAUUGGAAGCACUAGAUGAACAUACAGUUCGGCUAGUAUUUACUAUACCUCAAGUUCUGGUAGGAUUGCAUGGAAGAGUCGAAUUACGAUAUACUAGCGAUAAGACAAAUUUCGAUCCAUCUACAUGGAAAGUACAAGUAUUUGCUCCUCCUAACGACUUAAUUGCAACACCUCAACUCGAGUUCGAGUUAGGUGAUUUAAAGCCAAUGACGGAAUAUAAAAUGAAAAUUACAGUGAAACUGAAGGAUUUGACUAAUAGUCCGACUAGCAAGAUUUAUAGUGUACGUACGUUAGAGAAACGUACGGAAACGAUAACUUUGCCUCCGCAAAUACCAAUUGAUACUGAACUUAGAAUAAUGCAAACAAACUCUACCUGGAUCAAUGUUAUGUGGAAGAAAUUCACAGAGUACGAGUUACAAUUCAUAGACGGCGUUCAAUUGAGAUAUAAAGAACAUGAUGGUAAAGUUUAUGCAACAACACCACUAAUUCAUCGUGCUGUGACGAAUUAUGUAAUUGAAAACUUGAAACCAUCAACCAUAUAUGAAAUCGGUAUUUAUUUUAUACCAUUUCCGGGUCAAUCAACAGAGUUACUAAGUGAGAAAACGAUUCAAGUAGCUACAUUGAUGGAGCCAGAUCCAUAUUCUUUUGAUAUAAAAGUUGAGAUAAAGACAAUCAAAUCGACAAACGUAGAAGUGCUAUGGAGUGGUGUGCCUUAUCCAGAGGACAAAUACGUAAAUAUCUAUCGUGCAAUUUACCAAAGUGACACUGGCAAAGAAGAUACUAGUAUCUUCAAAAUUGCCAAAAGAGAUUCUGAUGCCAAAACUGUUAUCAAUGAUCUCAAACCUGGCACUAGGUAUCGAUUAUGGCUUGAAAUAUACUUAACAAAUGGAAGAAUAAAAAAGAGUAAUGUGCAGGAUUUCAUCACUAAGCCAGGUCUCUUACCGGCUACUGUGUCUCAACAAGCCGGAAAAAUUGCAUCAUUUCCUCUUUACGAAGGAGAUUAUUAUGGUCCCUUGGUGAUAGUAGCCAUUGUGGCUUCCUUGGCGAUACUAUCCACUCUGAUAUUGUUAAUGAUACUCAUGAAAAGACGGACGAGUAGUAAGGCUGAUAUAUCAUCUCGUAAAACAACAUCAGCGUAUGACAAUCCUUCCUACAAGGUAGAAUUACAACAAGAAACUAUGGACUUGUGAAGAUAUGGUUAUGAUAUCUAAUGGGAGGAAUAAAACAACAGAUCAUGAAAUGGCAAUCAUCAAUUUGAAUAUUAAGGAAACUGCCUAAAAUUUUAUAAUUUAUUAAAUAAAUAUUUUUUUUUAUUUAUAGGAUAUAUGUAUACUCACGACAAAUCAUAAAUAAUA